UUUCCAUGGCAUUGUAGAACUCUAUACUUAUAUUUCUGUCACUCUCUUCGCAGGCUUCUCCUGGUAGCAAAUGCAGGGGACUGCCGGGCAGUUUUAUGCAGGAAGGGUGAAGCAGUGGAUAUGUCUCAGGAUCAUCGACCCAUCCAUGCAGCUGAGCGCGAAAGGGUCGAGCAAUCAGGAGGCUUUGUUGAAGAUGGCUACCUCAAUGGCGUCCUCUCUGUCACGCGUGCCUUGGGGGACUGGGACGUGAAAAUGCCUCGAGGCUCUCCCUCACCCCUCAUUGCAGAGCCUGAGUUCAGGCAAGCGGUCCUGACCGAGGAUGACGAGUUCCUCAUAAUUGGUUGCGACGGGAUAUGGGAUGUCAUGUCCAGCCAGCGUGCCGUGAGCAUUGUACGAAAGGGCCUCAGGCGGCACGAUGACCCUGAGCGGUGUGCGAGGGAGCUUGUCAUGGAAGCGCUGAGGCUCAACACCUUUGACAACCUCACGGUGAUUGUGAUAUGCUUCUCCGAUGAAUACUGCACCUCUUCUACCCCUCCUCGAGACGAACAGCAGCAAUCCAGGUUGAGGUGUUGCAAAAGCCUGUCGACGGAGGCUCUUUGUAAUCUCAGGAGCUGGCUGGCAAAUGAGGGUAGCAACUGACACCGGAGAUCGUGUGCUUCAUUCCUGUAAAUACAUUCAGUGAUUAUGAUGAAAAUAUGUAAUAAGGUAUCUUCCUCUUUUUUGACUGCUUUAGGGUAAAGAGCAGCUAAACAAAUUUUGUAGGUCCUCUUGUUUCAUUGCCCCCGUGUGAUGGAGGGAGGGCAUGUACAUAAUAUUGUGGAUGGUGGGAUAGGUCAUUGUUUACAAGUCAUUAUUGACUCAGCGUAUCAUUUCAUGUAUGUCUACUGUUUUAGAUACUUUUUUUAAGACCAGAAUACUUGUGCUA